GACCCCCACUUAUAUGACAUUACUUUGUACCUUAUAAUUAAAUAUUUCAGCCAGGCACAUUAGCUCACGUCUGUAUUCCCAGCACUGUGGGAGGCCAGGGCAGGAGGAUCACUUGAGCCCAGGAGUUCACCACCAGCCUGGGCAACAUGGUGAAACCCCCAUCUCUUAUUUUAUUUUUUGGAGACAGAGUCUCACUCUGUCACCCAGGCUGGAGUGCAGUGGCACAAUCUCAAUUCACUGCAACCUCUGCCUCCAGGGCUCAAGUGAUUCUCCUGCCUCAGCCUCUGGAGUAGCUGGGAUUACAGGCAUGAGCUACCACGCCUGAUAAUUUUUGUAUUUUUAGUAGAGAUGGAGUUUCAGCAUGUUGGCCAGGUUGGUCUCGAACACCUGACUUCAGGUGAUCCACCGGCCUCAGCCUCCCAAAGUGUGAAACCCUCCUCUCUACAAAAAAUGCAAAAAUUAGGUGUGGUGGCGCAUACCUGUAGUCCUACCUACACAUGAGGCUGAGGUGGGAGGAUCACCUAAGCCGGAACGUCCAGGCUGCAGAGUGAGCCGUGAUCAUACCACUGCAUGACAGAGCGAGAUAUUCUUUCAAAAAACAAAGAAACAAAGCCAAAUAUUUCUACUAGUGCAUGACAAGGAAAAAAAAUACCGCAGGGAGUUGUUAUUGUUAAAGGCUGGUGUUAGGAAUUGGAGCUUCUUAGAUAUACUCUUUGAAAAAAGUGCUUUUUCAACUAUUAAAUUUUAUUUUACCCUUUAACGAAGCUUAUAUGAGGUCACAUGAGUAGUCAAAUUCAUAGAGACAAAAAGUAGAAUGGUGGAUGCCAGGGGCUGGUGGGAGGGAGAAAUGGGGAGUUAGUUUUUCAUGGGGACAGAGUUUGUUUUGCAAGACGAAAAGAGUUCCAGAAAUGGCUUGGUGGUGAUGGCUGACGCACAACACUGAAUGUACUUCAUGCUACAGAAAUGUACACUUAAGAAUGGUAAAUUUUAUGUGUAUUUUGCCACAAUUUUAAGACAAAACCAAACAACGACACAAAGCCCAAAUAGGUUAAAUAACUUCCUAAUGUUCAUUUUGCCACAAUUUUAAGACAAAACCAAACAACGACACAAAGCCCAAAUAGGUUAAAUAACUUCCUAAUGUUCCUAAAGUAGGCAAAUUGGAGACUAGCUCUUAAGUUCACUUUUGACUGCUGAGAUGAAUGGGUUAUUUUUAAGCUGGAGCGGUUUGUGUUCCACCACACAGUUAUACAGCACAAGUAGAAACAGGAAGAACAACACAUUCCCUAGGGUUUUUUUUUCUUCCUGUUUGCCAGGCCUCUAACCUGCAGGCGUCCUGGACAACCUUUUAUGGUUAUAUAAACGAUGACAAAGCAAGACAAACCCUUCCCACCCCCUCUCUGAUUCCACCCUUUUUCUUGGGGGAAACAAGUUUGUUGACCCCCACUCAUGCUCUCAGACAGUUUCAUGGGGCUGGAUUAAGUCACAUACAAGGUGGUGACUUUCAGAAGGGGGAACUGAAUCCUUAGGGGGAGGGGAGAAAGGAAGACGGAGGAGCAGGCGCCGAUCCACCCCCGCCCUCCCCAGCUGCAGCCCAGCACCCUGGCCCUUUGUGAACUCAGCUCAUCACAUGCUUCCUUCCGCCUGCCAAUCCCGCCCUGUUGCUGGGCCUCUGUCCCUUCUCCAUUGGUGCCAGCUCUGAAGCAGUCUUUUCUGGGGCGCCUGCAAAGGACGGAUCUGUGGGUGGAACGAACUGAAAACGGAUCCAGUGACUCAUCCCGAUUCUCGCACAUUCUAGCACAUCGCAUUCUAGGUCAGCAGGGUUUAGGUUUUAAGAGCGUGACUUGAUACCUGACUCCUGAGUCCAAGUGGGACAUUUAGACUUUGGGAACCCUUUCGGAAAAUAGAAAAGCAGUUGUUGCAACAACAAAAAUCCUUUGUAGGACACGGUUUCUUAAUUUCAGCACUAUUAACAUUUUGGGUCUGAUAAUUCUUUGUUGUGGGGGACUGUCCCUCACAGAAUGUUCAGUGGCAUCCCUGGUGUCUACCAACAGUGCUAGUAUUAGUAGUAGCACCCCCUAACCUCCCCUGAGUUGUGACAACCAAGAAUAUCUCCAGAUAUUGCCAAAUGUCCCCUGAAGGGCAAAUCACUCCUUGCUGAGAACCAUUGUUCUAGAGAAACAUCAGACACCUGUGUUUUGGGAGGCCAUUUUCUUUUCCCUUCCCUGUCACCUCAGUGACUUUGGAGAAAGGUUGAUGUCUGUUUGCUUCAAUAACCAUUUAAGUCAGGGAAUGCUGGGAUGUUUUCAAUAUUUUUUUUCUGCUAGAGACAACAUUGGUUUCUCUUUAUAGCUAACCUUUGGCCCAUUACCCACCCUACCCUCAUCCCCUCUUCUUCCUUUUUCCUCCUCCUGUCCUCCUCUCCCUCCCCUGCCUUUGCAGUCAGGGCUGUUUUUUCUCUGUACCUUUUGGAUUCUGAAAAAAGCUAUGUCACAAAGCUGGUGACUCAGCCUUUAAACAACAUGAAUCACAAGGCUUGCAGCAGAGUAACAGCCAAAAGCAACCAGGGCGUGGUUGAAAGUCAGGCCUGGUCACCUCAGAAAGAAUCUCAGCUUUUUAAUCCUUUCAAAACUCCUUCCCGAAAUCUAGGGGAAAAACAAAAAACAAAAACUUUGCAGAAAUGUGUAUUGGAAAUCACUGGGGUAUCCUGCCAAUCCUGGAAAAUGACACUUUUAUUAUUCGUUUUAAUUUCCCAGUAACACAUGAAUUCAUUCUCUUUAAAAUGUUAAAAAUUAGAGAUGUCAAAGUCUGUUUUGAACAAUGCACAGAUCUUGGAUUUUCAUAAAUACACACAUGGGUUACCAUAGAAAAUAUAUAGCAGGUUCAUUUUGUUUUGAUGCAUAUUUUAAGUAUGCCGUUUAAAUAAUGUAAUGUUCAUAACUUAAAACAAGAAUGCAGCCUUUUCCUAAUGGCAAAAUAUUUUUCAGUUGGUAGCCUCUUUUUCUCUUUUUUUGAAGCUUUCAAGGGUAGAAAUCAAAAUAGCCUCCCUAUCUCCAAGAUAUUUGUAGAAACAGGGACUAUUUGUAGAAGAGUCCAGAAGGAACAGUGGCUGGGAAAUGGCGUGAGGGAGACUUUUCACUAUACACUUUAAAAAGACACAUUUUAAAAAUCUCACCAUGUUCGUAUAUUUUAAAACAUUUUAAAAAUAUACUGAAGAAAUGACACGCAGAGAUCACAAAAUAGGUUGUGGUAAAAAUUUAAAAAGCUGGCUGGUGAUUCUUUUCUCCCCACUUCUUUUAUCAAAAUAGAAUUGCCCUGUAGAAUUACACUUCAUAUUUGACACCCUACCCUGCACUGAAAUAGGGCUGGGAUUCUAUUCCUGUCUUUUAAAAUCUCCGGUUUAAAUGGGUCCGAUUAUUGAAUGGAUCCUGAUUACAAUAAUCGUACCCAUUGAAACCAGAGAAAUUUCCAUGCCUCCCUGUUGGCACCAAGUAGGACCUUUCCAUACCCGGCCCUCAGAACGUACAGGAAGGUGAAAGAACAGUCUAGAAGGAUGUCGUUCACUCAGCCUUGGGUUCCAGCUAAAAUAAAACUGUGUGGGGUUUCCGCCUCUCUUUUCCAAUUUUAACCUGGACACCCAGCUCCUCUGCAGUGUCUCCCCUGGAAAGUUCUCGAGCGUUCCCCAGCUUUAGGGCCACGCCCGCCCUGAGAUCUGCCUAGUCAUUGUCCUUGUCCCGCGGCCCGCAGCGGGGGAUGGGCGCGGCUCCGGGAGCCCCCGCGACCGGCCUGGGAGGCUCAGGGAGGUUGAAGGGGGCUGAGCAAAGGAAGCCCCGUCAUUACCCCAAAUGUGACCCAAAAAUAAAGACCCGUCCGUCUCGCAGGGUGGGCCAGAGCGGGUCACGAGGGAGGGGAGGGAGACCCCGACUCUGCGGAAGGCGCUCGGUCCGCGCCCUACGUCCGCCGAACGCGGGGUUCGCGACCCGAGGGGACCGCGGGGGCUAAGGGGAGGGGCCGCGGGGCCCCGGGGCCGCGGCUAGAGAACGCGGGCCGCCCACCCGUUCCGGGUGCAGCGGACUCCGCGCCGGGUUUUGGCGCCUCCCGCGGGCACCCCCCUCCUCACGGCGAGCGUGUCACGUCACUGUCGCAGGGCGCAGCGAGCGUCCUGAUCCUUCCGCCCGGACGCUCAGGACGGCGGCCCGCUGCCCAUAAGACUCGGCUUAGAACCCCAGUAUCAGCAGAAGGACAUUUUAGGACGGGACUUGGGUGACUCUAGGGCACUGGUUUUCUUUCUAGAGAGCAGAACAGGGGAGGAAAAGUAGUCCCUUCUCGGCGAUUCUGCGGAGGGAUCUCCGUGGGACGGUGAACGCCGAUGACUAUAUAAGGACGCGCCGGGUGUGGCGCAGCUAGUUCCGUUGCAGCCGGGAUUUGGGUGGCAGUUGUUGCUUGUCGGUCGCUGUAAUCGCCACUUGACAAUGCAGAUCUUCGUGAAGACUCUGACUGGUAAGACCAUCACCCUCGAGGUGGAGCCCAGUGACACCAUCGAGAAUGUCAAGGCAAAGAUCCAAGAUAAGGAAGGCAUCCCUCCUGACCAGCAGAGGUUGAUCUUUGCCGGAAAGCAGCUGGAAGAUGGUCGCACCCUGUCUGAUUACAACAUCCAGAAAGAGUCCACCCUGCACCUGGUGCUCCGUCUCAGAGGUGGGAUGCAGAUCUUCGUGAAGACCCUGACUGGCAAGACCAUCACCCUCGAGGUGGAGCCCAGUGACACCAUUGAGAAUGUCAAGGCAAAGAUCCAAGACAAGGAAGGCAUUCCUCCUGACCAGCAGAGGUUGAUCUUUGCCGGAAAGCAGCUGGAAGAUGGUCGCACCCUGUCUGAUUACAACAUCCAGAAAGAGUCUACCCUGCACCUGGUGCUCCGUCUCAGAGGUGGGAUGCAGAUCUUCGUGAAGACCCUGACUGGUAAGACCAUCACCCUCGAGGUGGAGCCCAGUGACACCAUCGAGAACGUCAAGGCAAAGAUCCAAGACAAGGAAGGCAUUCCUCCUGACCAGCAGAGGUUGAUCUUUGCGGGAAAGCAGCUGGAAGAUGGUCGCACCCUGUCUGAUUACAACAUCCAGAAAGAGUCUACCCUGCACCUGGUGCUCCGUCUCAGAGGUGGGAUGCAGAUCUUCGUGAAGACCCUGACUGGCAAGACCAUCACUCUUGAGGUCGAGCCUAGUGACACUAUUGAGAACGUCAAGGCAAAGAUCCAGGACAAGGAGGGCAUUCCUCCUGACCAGCAGAGGUUGAUCUUUGCCGGAAAACAGCUGGAAGAUGGUCGCACCCUGUCUGACUACAACAUCCAGAAAGAGUCUACUCUGCACCUGGUGCUCCGUCUCAGAGGUGGGAUGCAGAUCUUCGUGAAGACCCUGACUGGCAAGACCAUUACCCUUGAGGUAGAGCCCAGUGAUACCAUUGAGAAUGUCAAAGCAAAGAUCCAGGACAAGGAGGGCAUUCCUCCUGAUCAGCAAAGGUUGAUCUUUGCGGGAAAGCAGCUGGAAGAUGGACGCACCCUCUCUGACUACAACAUCCAGAAAGAGUCUACCCUGCACCUGGUGCUUCGUCUCAGAGGUGGGAUGCAGAUCUUCGUGAAGACCCUGACUGGUAAGACCAUCACUCUCGAGGUGGAGCCUAGUGACACUAUUGAGAACGUCAAGGCAAAGAUCCAAGACAAGGAAGGCAUUCCUCCUGACCAGCAGAGGUUGAUCUUUGCUGGGAAACAGCUGGAAGAUGGUCGCACCCUGUCUGACUACAACAUCCAGAAAGAGUCCACUCUGCACCUGGUGCUCCGUCUCAGAGGUGGGAUGCAGAUCUUCGUGAAGACACUCACUGGCAAGACUAUCACCCUUGAGGUCGAGCCCAGUGACACCAUCGAGAAUGUCAAAGCAAAGAUCCAAGACAAGGAAGGCAUCCCUCCUGACCAGCAGAGGUUGAUCUUUGCCGGAAAGCAGCUGGAAGAUGGUCGCACCCUGUCUGACUACAACAUCCAGAAAGAGUCUACCCUGCACCUGGUGCUCCGUCUCAGAGGUGGGAUGCAGAUCUUCGUGAAGACCCUGACUGGUAAGACCAUCACCCUCGAGGUGGAGCCCAGUGACACCAUUGAGAAUGUCAAGGCAAAGAUCCAAGAUAAGGAAGGCAUCCCUCCUGACCAGCAGAGGUUGAUUUUUGCCGGGAAACAGCUGGAAGAUGGUCGUACCCUGUCUGACUACAACAUCCAGAAAGAGUCCACCCUGCACCUGGUGCUCCGUCUCAGAGGUGGGAUGCAGAUCUUCGUGAAGACACUCACUGGCAAGACCAUCACCCUCGAGGUCGAGCCCAGUGACACCAUUGAGAAUGUCAAGGCAAAGAUCCAGGACAAGGAAGGCAUCCCUCCUGACCAGCAGAGGUUGAUCUUUGCCGGAAAGCAGCUGGAAGAUGGUCGUACCCUGUCUGACUACAACAUCCAGAAAGAGUCCACCCUGCACCUGGUGCUCCGUCUCAGAGGUGGGAUGCAGAUCUUCGUGAAGACCCUGACAGGCAAGACCAUCACCCUCGAGGUGGAGCCCAGUGACACCAUCGAGAAUGUCAAGGCAAAGAUCCAAGACAAGGAAGGCAUUCCUCCUGACCAGCAGAGGUUGAUCUUUGCUGGGAAACAGCUGGAAGAUGGACGCACCCUGUCUGACUACAACAUCCAGAAAGAGUCCACUCUGCACUUGGUCCUGCGCUUAAGGGGGGGUGUCUAAGUUUCCCCUUUUAAGAUUUCAACAAAUUUCAUUGCACUUUCCUUUCAAUAAAGUUGUUGCAUUCCCAA